CUCCCUACUCCUCUGUAGGUGCACCUCGUCUUCAGCUCUGUGUAUGCACUUGUGUGUUCGUAGUGUGUGUUCUCUGCUUCGGGAUUGUGGCACUCCUGCGGGACUGAAUGGACAGUGUGCGCACUGACCCGCACUGCUGAGCCAAACAAGAAAAAAAAGAAGAAAAAGCGCACAGGCUGACUGGUCGGACUUGCGCUUGUUCUCUCACCCUGUUCUCUGGCUUCUGGGCUUGUUCAAGCACUCUGUCCUCUUGUCCUGUAUCUACAAUCGGAUCAUGGAGCUCCCGCCGGGGAUUUAUGCACUCACCCUUGCGCUCUUGUUUGGUUACGCUCAAUGCGCCCGCGAGCAAAUACCGACAGAAAAACUUCUCGUCCUCACCGUCGCCACACAAGAAACCGAUGGCUUUCUGCGCUUCAUGCAGUCUGCAAAUUAUUUCAAAUAUUCAGUAAAGGUGUUAGGGAUGGGUGAGGAAUGGAAAGGAGGAGACGUGGGACACUCUAUUGGUGGAGGACAGAAGGUCAGACUGCUUAAGGAAGCAAUGGAAGCUCUGGCUGUCCAAGAAGACCUGGUGAUCCUUUUUGUGGACAGCUAUGAUCUAAUUUUUGCCGGAGGGCCAGAAGAGAUCCUGAGAAAGUUCGAGCAGUUCAAUCAUAAGGUGGUGUUUGCUGCAGAGGGUGUGAUCUGGCCAGAUGCACAUUUGGCAGACAAGUACCCUUACGUCCGCAGUGGAAAACGCUUCCUCAACUCAGGAGGCUUUAUCGGAUUCGCCCCGUACAUCGAUAAGAUUGUCAAGCAGUGGCAGCUACACGACAUCGACGACGACCAGCUCUUUUACACGAAGAUCUAUGUGGAUCCGCUACAGAGGGAAAGUCUUAAUAUGACUCUGGACCACAAGUGCCAGAUAUUUCAGAAUCUAAACGGAGCAGUGGACGAAGUUUUGAUGAAGUUUGGAACCGAGAGAGUUCGGAUCAGAAACAUCAUCCACGACAGUCUUCCUGUGGUCAUCCAUGGCAACAUAAACACCAAAAUUUAUUUGAACUACUUGGCUAAUUAUGUCCCAAAUGCCUGGAGCUACGAACAAGGCUGUACCAUCUGUGACCAAGACAUAUUGGAUUUGUCUCAACUCACCGAAUAUCCAAGAGUACAGAUCGGAGUGUUUAUCGAACAGCCCACCCCGUUUCUUCCCGAGUUCUUGCAGCGGCUCUUGACUCUGGAUUAUCCCAAAGAUAAACUGGAUAUCUUCAUUCAUAACAGUGAGGUUUACCAUGAGAAGCACUUACAGCCGUUCUGGGAGGAGAACAAAAAUGUCUUCCAUAGUAUUAAGGUUGUUGGUCCUGAGGAGAUCUUGAGCCAAGCAGAAGCAAGGAACCUGGGAAUGGACUUGUGUCGAAGAGAUCCUGAGUGUGAUUACUAUUUCAGCAUCGACACCGACGUCAUGCUCACAAACCGACAGACUUUGAAGCUGCUCAUGGAACAAAACAGAAAAAUAAUUGGCCCUCUUGUCACUCGUCACGGAAAACUGUGGUCCAACUUCUGGGGAGCGCUGAGCUUGGAUGGCUAUUACGCCCGCUCCGAGGACUACGUCGACAUUGUGCAGGGGAAGCGAGUCGGCGUGUGGAACAUUCCGUACAUGGCCCAUGUUUACCUCAUCAGAGGCGAGACUUUAAGGAAUGAGCUGAAGGAGAGGAACGUUUUCGUCCUGGAGAAGCUCGAUCCUGACAUGGCUUUGUGUAGAAACGCCAGGGAGUUGACAAUACACAGAGAAAAAGACUCUCCUUCUCCGGAAUCAUUCCAUAUGCUCAGAUCCCCAAAGGGAGUUUUCAUGUACGUUACAAACCGUCACGAGUUUGGAAGGCUCAUUUCUACGGCCAACUACAACACGUCCCACUUCAACAACGAUUUAUGGCAAAUAUUUGAGAACCCGAUGGACUGGAGAGAGAAAUAUGUUCAUCCAAACUACACCCAGAUCUUCACAGAUAAUCAUCUGGAACAGCCAUGUCCAGAUGUGUUUUGGUUCCCUGUGCUCUCUGAGCAAGCUUGUGAUGAGCUGGUUGAAGAGAUGGAGAAUUUCGGCACGUGGUCUGGUGGAAAAUAUGAGGACAAGCGUAUUGCUGGAGGAUACGAGAGCGUCCCCACCGACGACAUCCACAUGCGACAGAUCGGCUAUGAGAAAGAGUGGCUGCACUUUAUCCAAGAGUUCAUCUCACCCGUCACGCUCAAGGUCUUCUCGGGAUAUUACACCAAGGGCUACGCUAUCAUGAACUUUGUAGUGAAAUACACUCCAAACAGACAGGCGUAUCUGAGGCCUCAUCACGACUCCUCCACCUUCACCAUCAACAUUGCGCUCAACCAUAAAGGCCAAGAUUUCCAGGGUGGAGGCUGCAGGUUCCACAGAUAUAACUGCUCCAUAGAGUCUCCAAGGAAAGGCUGGAGUUUCAUGCACCCAGGCAGACUAACACAUCUUCAUGAAGGACUUCCCACAACCAACGGCACGCGCUACAUCGCAGUGUCAUUCAUCGACCCUUAACUUUCUCUUCUGAGGGACGGGUUUUAGAUUCUGUUUAUUUUGUUGCCUUUUUGUUCUUAGUGUAGGAAGAUUGCGUGUCUCAAAAAUGAAUUUGGACGGUUUCGGAUACACAUACACAUUUUUUUUUGUGAGAAAGUAGUGUUUAUAAUAGAAAAAUAACGGGAAAUGAUCAAUUUCAUCCCUUUAUUAUCAAAUGAUCAGCGAUUUUUUUUUUAAGAAUUUUUAUCUUUUUUUAUCUGAUUCUUCAGGAGACAAAACACCUGCUGAUGUAGUUGAUACGGUGCUGUUUUUAUUAUUAUUGUUUUUUUAAUUAAUCUCCACCUCAGAGAAAUAUAUUUUUUAUUUUUUAUCUGCAAAUAUAUAUAUAAAAAAAAAAAAACAAGCAGAGAAAUGACUACCAGAUUUGAUUAGAAUUCCGGUUGAACUAAAGUUUGAAAAAUUAAGUAGAUUUUUACUUGAAGUGUGAAGUUUCCUGGAUGCAGCAUGAGCUUAGUUUGAAUUAAAUUAUAUUCAUGGAUGAUAAACACCAUUGAAAAUGUUUGGUCCUGGACUAGGACUAAGCUUAGUACUGUAUGUACCCAGACACUGGCCUACAACACGGUACUGUAAACCCCGAGUCAAGAGAUGUCCGUCACUUCCUCAGUUCCUGAAUCAAACGUUUUGGAGAUGUCAGAUAUAUAUUUUACUUUCACUGAAAGUUGUUGCAUUUUGACUGAACUUUGAGCCUCAGCCACAUCCGUUUUAAAUUAUUUUGAAAGAAAAAAUGUUUAAAAAAAAAUGUAAUAAAUGAAGACAUUCUUUAAAAAGAAAA